CGGGCCGGCGCCAUGGCGGAGGCGGGGGGGCGCUGAGCGGCCUCGCGGCGGGCCCGGGCUGGAGCGGGGGGCGCGCGCCCAGGCUUUCCCCCGCGGGAUGGAGCCGGCUCCGGCGAGGCCGAAGGCCCCGUCCUUCCUCUCGGACCUGGGCAAGGCGACGCUGCGGGGGAUCCGCAAAUGUCCCCGCUGCGGCACCUACAACGGCACGCGGGGGCUGAGCUGCAAGAACAAGACCUGCGGCACCGUCUUCCGCUACGGCACGCGCAAGCAGCCCGGCGUCGACGCCGUCAAGCUCAUCACGGGCUCCGAGUCGCAGGUUUAUUCGGUGCGCCAGCGGGACCGGGGGCCGGAUUACCGGUGUUUCGUGGAGCUCGGGGUUUCGGAGACGGCCAUCCAGACGGUGGACGGCCCCGUGGUGACGCAGCUGGGCACGGGGCGCUGCUACGUGCCGGCCUGCCUGAAGGCGGCCGCGCAAGGCGUGGUGGAGAACCAGUGCCAGCACGUCAAGCUGGCCCUGAGCUGCCAAACGGAAGCCACGCCGCUGACCCUAAAAAGCUCCGUCCUCAACUCCAUGCAGGCCUCGCCCGAAACCAAGCAAACCAUCUGGCAGCUGGCCGCCGAGCCCACGGGGCCGCUGGUGCAGCGCGUCACCAAGAGCGUCCUGGUGGUGAAGUGCAAGGCCAGCCAGAGGCACAGCCUGGGCUACCUGCACGCCUCCUUCGCCCACAAGGUGAGCGCCAAGACGCUGGCCGAGCACCGCUUCGUCUGCUCCUGCCAAACCCCGAAACCCGGCAAAGGCGGCGCCGCGGGCAAGGAGGAGGCGGCGGCGGCGGCGGCGCGCUGCGUUCACUUCUUCGCCUGCAUCUGCGCCUUCGCCAGCGACGAGAGCCUGGCGCAGGAGUUCGCCGAUUUCCUCGCCUGCGACGCCGGCGGUCUGAAAGGCGUCGCCGUCCCCCCGCUGGUGUGCGGCCCCGAAGCCGCCGCCGUGCAGGCCGGGGAGGCCGCCGCCAAGCCCAAGAAGAGGAAAAAGGACCCGGCGUGCGGGACGCAGGCGAGCGGCCCGCUGCUGGCUCAGGACCCGGCGAGCGGCAGCCUGAGGAGAGGCGGCGCGAAGAAGCCGCCCGUCGCCUCCUCGCUGAAAAGGCAAGGCUGUAACCAGCUGCUGGACGAGUCGCAGGUCACCCUGUCCUUCCAAGACUGGCUGGCCAGCGUCACCGAGCGCAUCCACCAGACCAUGCAUUACCAGUUCGAAGGCAAGCCCGAGCCCCUGGUCUUCCACAUCCCCCAGGCGUUCUUCGACGCGCUGCAGCAGAGGAUAUCCAGCGGGAGCGCCAAGAAGAGGCUGCCCAACUCCACCACAGCCUUUGUCCGCAAAGACGCCCUUCCCCUGGGGACCUUCUCCAAGUACACGUGGCACAUCACCAACAUCCUGCAGGUGAAGCAGAUCUUUGAUACGCCCGAGCUGCCGCUGGAGAUCACGCGCAGCUUCAUCCAGAACCGGGACGGGACCUACGAGCUCUUCAAGUGCCCCAAGGUGGAGGUGGAGAGCAUCGCCGAGACCUACGGGCGCCUGGAGAAGCAGCCGGCCAUCCGGCCGCUGGAGCUCAAAACCUUCCUCAAAGUGGGAAACACCUCUCCCACCCAGAAGGAGCCCACCCCCUUCAUCAUCGAGUGGAUCCCCAACAUCCUACCUCACUCCCGCAUCGGCGAGCUGCGCAUCAAGUUCGAGUACGGCCACCACGGCAGCCGCCAGCCCGCUGCCUUCUCCGAGCAGCAGUCGCCGGCGCUGGAGCCCGCGCUGGAGCUCGCCCCGCUCGCCACCAUCACCUUCCCCUGA